AUGCGCGAGUCAAACUAUACGUUUCCCCCGUCCAACCGGGCAGUCAUAAGCAUCAGCCAGAUGCUGUAUGACCGACGAGCACUAGACACAAACUCAACACUGGCGCUCCUCAACAAUCUAUGCCAGCUGACGUACCUCACCUCGACAUCGCCGCGGAUACGCGAGGUGCUCACAAUGGACGGAGGGCUGGAGCGCAUGCUCGAUAUACUCCGCGACUCUUGCCUCCCGCGUGAGCCGACGAUGCCAGACCUCUGGGGUCUGAACGGUCCAUGCACUGCGCGCACCAUCAACGUUGACCGCGCCAUUUCGCUCCGUCACUCUCUGGCGUUCCAGUGUGUGGUCAACAUUGGGGUGCGCGGAAACGAGAUCAUCCGUACUCGAGUCGUCCAAGCUGGCGCAUUGGACAUUGUGGCCCAGAUCCUCGAGUCUUGGCUCAAGAAGAAUGGCAUCGCAGUGUUCUCGUCCUCGUUGGGAUCCCAGGCGGCUGUCGACGCUUUGGCAUCUGGUAUACCACUCCCAGGAGUGGCUCGUCAUAGGAGACAGGGAGCAUCACGCCACCAGAAUCAUCACCAUUCACGCGACGCCGCCCAGACCCAGGCGCCAGCCCAGCCACCACAGCCCGCCGCCGUUUCCUACUCCCCCGCACUUCCCACCAUCACUGCCACAACCGCCACCACUACCUCCACCGUCGCUCCCAUCCCCGUUCCAGGCGCUGGCCUGACUGAUGCGCCUGCUCCAGCUGUACCAACAACAGAAGGAGGACACGCAGGAACGGGAGCGGCCCUCGCCGCCCAGCAACCGACGCGCGGCUUGGGCCAGCUUGUCACUUCGCUUCUGGUUGGCAACGGUAACCGCAACCCAUCGCGCACCAACGAUGUCGUCCCACCACAGCCUACUCGACCGCAGCCCCAACCAGGCAGCUCAGUGGACACGGAUGUGGACAUGGCCGAUGCCGAGACCGAGGGCGGCGAGACGGACACUGCAGGCGACACGGACACGGCAGACGCGAGCAUGGACGUCGAGUACAUGGGAGAGAGCGAGGAAACGGCGCAUAACGGAGCAGGACCUAGCCAGGUUACCACCACUCCCCGCGCGCGCCUCCCCCUUCUCCCACUGCAGAUCCCACGUCGGAGUCCCGAUGAGGCUUCGGUGCAGGCGAGCGCUAGCGUCUCGAGCGCAAACGGUUCCCCUUCUGGAGAUGAGCCACCAGCUAUCCCCCGUGCUCGCUCCGAUCUCAGCCUGGCGUUGACAAACGCAAACGCCGCCAUGGCAUCCGGAAGGCCUCGAUCGGGGCUGGCUGCCCGUCUCCCACAACUGGCUACUGCGCCCGACCCACAAAGCACUCAGUCGAGCCCGAUGGGUACACCCGUACACGUCCAUGCCGCCGAGCAUGUGGAGGGAACCCGUGGGCGUCGCGGCACUGUUGUGGGACGACCUCUGCUCCUCCAGCCGCGCGACACUCGUCGCCACGAUGAGAGCGAGGCGAGCGACGGUGCCCCCGAGACCGACUUGGCGCAGGCGACCAUCACGGCUGGAAUUGCUGCUGCUGCCGCCAACGCUGCCAUGGAGGCCGCGGCUGCUGUUCCAAACCAGCCCGAGAACGGCCCUCAGCCUGCCAUCGUCGACGGCAUUGCAGGAAUCCAAGGAUCCGAGGAGCCCGAUCCCGAGGUGCUUGCAGCUGAACAGGCACGCUUCGACAUGGAGGCUGGUGCUCCCCCCGGUCAGCCCGGUGCGACGCCGCGUGUGACGACGGCCGAGGUCCCUCUUGCGCCUGUCAACACCGACCUCGCGGUCCAGGUUCCCCAAGUCCCACCAGCGCAGAUCAUCAUUGCCAACGGUGCGCCCCGUGGAUUCCAGGACCUGGCCUCGUAUGUUGGCGUGUCAAUGCUCCUCAACCCCGAGGGAACAAACUACUCCGAGGACAACAUUCUCCUGGCCCUCCAGCUCCUCGCCUACUUGUCAAAGUAUCCACAUGUCCGUGCCACCUUCCACCACCCGCGGCGUCCCAUGCACCGCACAUUCGAGCUCGGUGCAGACGACUCGGACGUGCCCCUCCCACAACGCCCGGCCUACUCGGAGACACCCAACAUCUUCUCUCUUGUCGAGCGCUUCACCUUCCGCCCCUCGCCCUCCGACCCGCUCAUGUACCGCAUCCCGGGCGAGAUCCAGUACUGGGCCGGCGUGAUUAUGCGCAACGCGUGCCGCAAGGACGACAGCCAGGGCGGUAUUCGUCAGUGCGCGUACAUGUCUUGUGGGCGCUGGGAGGUUGAGCCCCGCGAAUUCGCAAAGUGCCGUCGGUGCAGGAAGGCAAAGUACUGCAGCAAGGACUGCCAGAGCAAGGCGUGGAGCGAGGGCCACAGGUUCUGGUGCAGUAUCAGGUCCGAGCCUGAGCCGUCAGCGGACGGUGCAACAGCGGCUGGCGGCGGUACAGCGAGCGGUGGCGGCGGGGGAGGCGGCGGUGGUGGUGGUGGUGGGCGUCGUGAGGCUCGUCGCGACAACAACAACACUGCCGAUGACGGCGACGUCGACAUGGGUGACGGAACCGUUGGCACGACUCCUCGCGCGCCCACAAAUCGCGUGCAGGGAAUGCUCGAGCUUGGCACCAUCGUCCCAGCCGUCACCGUGACACACGACGAGCCCGCUCCUCGUCCUCGCGGAGCCGCACCGCCAUCGUUCCCCGUGCCUCGUGCCCGCAUCAGGCCGGCUGCCCCAGCUCCGGCGCCGAGCCAGAGCACCACUGCUAUCCCCCCACCUCUCCCGCCAACAACUGCGCCUCCUCCAGCCCCCACGCUGUCGUCCGCGCCGACCCCACGCAGCGUCACUCCGCGCCUGCCCGACUUUCUCAAGACGAGCAGCAGUGGCCAUGGCCGCGGACCGAGCUCGACUGCUGCGAUGAACUCGGCCAUGAACGCGGGUAUGGGGAGGUAG